CUGGACCCCGAGGGGAACGAUGGUGACGAGGUCUACCGCCGCGCGGUGCACCGCUACCCCCCCACCACCGCGCUGACGUCACUGCCCUGCGGCCGCUGCCCCGUGGCGGACCAGUGCCGCGACGGCGGGCCAAUCUCGCCGCAGACCUGCGAGUACUACGAGAAGUGGCUCGACUUCUGA